ACAGGAAUAAACUGGUAACAUGGCCGACUGGUUAGCAAGUCUGACUCGCAGUUCUGAGGACUGGGGUUCAAAUCUCAAAUGGACGGAUGGAUGGAAACUAGUAACAUAUCAAAACUGAAGUGCCAGACUUUAUCUGACACCUGUCAGGGAUGAAGAAGUAGAGUCUCAGAGGAAAGCGAAAUCUCAUCAUGCCAGACAGACCCGCAGAUCAACGCAGGGUGUAACUCUGACGGACUUGAAGGAGGCUCAGAAGAUCAACAGCCGCUCUGAGGAGUCUCUGCUUGAUGGGAAAGUGGAGGAUAGAGCAAUAGAAACCAAAAUCAGCCCAAGACGGAGUCACUCAGACGAGCAGGGAAAUAUAAGACCCAAGUUACAAAGUGUUGCUGAGUUUACGGAAGUGUGCUGUCGGCCUUCGUUCACCACUACAGGCAUAAACACCAUCAGAGGUCAUGUUUCUUAUUUGUUAUUGAGCAUCCAAAAAUGUUCAGUUUAUUUGCAGUAGAUGAAGCUUUAUAUGUGCAGUCAGUGGAAGGAGGUGGAGGGAUGAAAAUCAGGACCCUCUUGAAGAAGAAGAACAGCUAACAUUUCCAAAACACAGGAGCUGACGACAUGGAUGUGAUGGAUGCGAUGAAUCAGGCGGCGCCGUCGCAGAGGAUUGCCUGGAGGGCCACCAUGGGCUCUGGUGCUUGAGGGAACCUUUACAUCUGUUAUCUGGAGAUCCAGAGAAGCUGUAGGAGGGAGAUGUCAUCCUACUUCCCCCGCACCAAAGACCUGACUCGUACCAGGAGGUCAGUCACCGACUCACCGCCAUCGUCUCCAUCCCCUACAGACAAAAGCUUUCGACAUGACAGACUGUCAAGAUUCGACUCCAGUGGGGAGAAUGUGUCUGACAGACUGGGCAGGACCAGCUCCUACACUCGCAGGGAGACCAGGCUAGCUUCACUGAACAAACAGGAGCAAGACUCCACAACCAAAGACUAUAAGAAGAUGUAUGCAGAGGCGCUACAGGAGAAUGAGCGUUUGAAGUCCAGGUUGCAGGACAGCAAACAAGAACUUGUCCACAUUCGUUCCCAGCUGGAAAUAGUGACUCAAAGACAAGACAGGAUAACGGAGAAAUCUACUUUGCUCGAAUCUGAGAAAAAGGAAAAACAUGCCCUUGAAAAAAAAGUGUCAGGCAUGGAAGAGGAAAUGAAGGCUUUCCCUGCUCUGGCUCAGGCCCAGGCCUUGCGGAGCGUCAACGAGCGUCUCCUGGCCGAGAACAGAGCCUUCCUGCGCGCCCUCGCCCGCCUCUCUGAGACUGCCUCUAUACCGGAGACAGAGGACCUCUGAACUCACUUGUCCUCCUCACAUCCCCUUCCUUAGCAACACAACUCUCCUUUUGGUGCCUCCACAGGCCCUUCAUCCUCUGCUGUGUUUCUUUCAGGCAGGUUGUGCACCGCUCACCACCUCCUAACCCCUCUCACGCUGCAUUUUUCAGUGCAUUAUUUUAUUUUUUCAAACUCCUUCUCCUUUACCACUCUAAUAUCAUAAACCUCAUUUUAAAUAGUUAUCGACAGGUAACAUUUUGUUACAUUUACGCUCAAUUUACGCAUUUUGUUACAUUUACGCAAGUCAUUGAUCUGCUCAAACAUAAGCGGGUCCAGUGUAGCCUGACUGUGAAUCAAUGAGAUGUUGUUUGUUGCAUGAUAAAUCUGGGAGAUUUUGGGUCAGUCUACCAUGUCAUCAUCAUCAUCAUAAGUCUUUAUAUCCAACAACUCGUGUUCAAGUGAGCAUCAGUCACUUAAUAAAUGGUUUAGCUCAUGUAUUAUGCAAGUGAAAACAAAUGGUAUUUAAGGAAUAGUUUCACAUUUUGCCAGAAUGGGGGCAAAGUUCAUCCAUCCAUUUGCUAUACUGCUUAUCUCAUUAGGAUUGCAGGUUAGCUCUCAGGGUUUUGUUUUGUUUUUUUAAUGUGGGAGGGAAUGUGAGUAAUCGGCGAGAACUCACACUAACACAGAAAGAACACACAAACUAAACACAGGAAGGCCGGAGCCGCGAUUCGAACCUUAGAACUGAGGGACAGGUGUGCUCACCCCUCGGCCACCGUGCUGCCGGCAUCAUAAUCCGAAAUAAAUGUUGCCUCUUUACAACAUGCAACUGCCCUUAAAAUGACAAAAGUGUCAGUGUCUCUCAGCGGCUGAGUGAGAGAAGCGGCAGGUAGAACACUGUCAAAUGAAUUUGCGGUGACCUCGAUGAUGUCAAUGAAAAUGAAUAGGGUUCUUAACAUUUGUGAGAUGUCAUGUGCUACAAGUCACCUUUACGUUCCUAUGUACUCAUGUUACUCUGCAGGGACGACAACUAGAAUUUAUGUUUGCCUCUUUGCCUGAGAAAUGAUUGAACAAAGUGACUUUUAAUGUUGAAACGUGUACAGUGAGAAAAUCAAGCAUCAAAUCAGUGACUUGUGAUUUUCUCACUGUAAAUAUUUUGAUGAGAACAUGACAGAGAAAAUCCCGUGACUAGAGAUUUGACACUGAUGACUCAAGACGGCAUGACUCAUAAGCCAAGUGUGUAAAUAUACAGUAUUUGUGAGUGAACAAUCAAAAUCAUAACAUUGUGUCGAGAUGACAGUCCUACAUGAACUGUGUCCUAUUUAAGAGGCUGCGUUUCAAGAACAAUGACAUCAUAACAGCACGCAAAAGUGGUUCUGAUUUUAAAUUUCCUUUCGAAUGUUUGCAGCUUCAGUGUUUCAAUCCGUUACAGUAUCCCAAGAUUCUUUUUGUGCUACUGUUAAGUCCUGGAAAAUCUUUCAAGUUUUGACAACACCAAGUGCAAGCAGUGUUUUUUUUGUUUUUUUACUCAAUUAAAACUUGGCAGGACGUUGAAAACUUGAAAUGUUAUCAUGUCUCUUUGCUCAUUUGACCAGUUUCGGUGGUAUGUCCCUGAGAACAAACGGUUAUUGUGUAUCUCCAGCAGAGAGGAAAUACUUCGGCAAAGAGGUUGUUUAUUUUUAGUCAUUGCUCCUUGUGAGGGACACGACCUAGAUUUUUAAGAUGUCUUCUUGUCUCUCUCUUUGACCUUCUUCUUACAAGUUCCUCCUCACUGCAUGAUCGUGUACCAUGAAGCAUGUCCAUGUCGCUCGGCUUUAAACGUCACAGGAAAUUGCUCGUGGUGAAUGAGGUUGUUUUGGUGUGACUGUACCAUCAUCCGCUUUGCAUUUUACAAUCCAUGCAACUGUGAUCUUCUGAUUUCAUUGCUUGCAUCGA